ACACAGCACCGCUCCAAGAGUCUCCGCCCCAAGACAGAGCCCAUGCAGCUCGUCAAAGUGCUCGCCAUCGCCGCCGUCGCCACCAUGAUGUGCCUCGCCCCUGCCACCGCCACCGCCAGUGUGGACGUUAAGGAGAACUCGCCCGAGGAGCGUCAGCUCUACUACGUGCGCACGCCGAUCACCAAGAGUCCGUACAACCGCGUGAUCCCCCCUCCGCCGCCCAUCCACACAUGCAACGACGAGCAGAAGAAGUACCCAGCCAACAAGCUCGAGUUGCUGAGCAUCCAGUUGGUGUUGCAGGAGUACAGGACGAUGCUGCUUGGACACGAGGUCCACGUCCACACUGAUCAUCUGAACCUGACCUACGGAACCUACAACAACGGAGAAAACAAUGUGGUCGCCGACACCCUUUCUCGGCUACCCCGUGCUGAUGACUCGGACGUCCAGCAGCAGGAGACACUGGUUGCAGUCGCUGCUAUGGACUUGACUACCCUCAGCAAUGUUGACCUACGGGAGAUUGCUCGCUGUCAGAAGCGAGACGGCACAGCGACGCUGAAAAGCGCCACGACGAAUGAGAUUAGCGACGUGGAGCUGCAAGUGGACAGCAACACCGGCUGA